AAAAUGAAAGCGAAAGUGUGCAACGAACUUGGUGUGCUGGUCGAGCAACGAUAAUCAACUGGAGAUUUCCAAUGAAUAACGAUGGGUUUGAACUUGAAGAUACUCAUUUACUUGUAUCUUUUUGCUGGUGUAUGGUGUGUCCAGCAGAUUCCUUGGCUGCCCUGUCAGUUCAUUGAUGAACAUGUGUUUGUGAAUAACGAUGGACACACCGAGACUCAACUCAUCCACAGAGAGGCUAUGCUGCAGUUUGGGCAAAAAGGAGACGCUCCUGUGAAUCCACAGGCCAUCACUUUCCUUAUCACUGGCUCUAAGUUGGACCUGCGCCGGUAUGUGGACGAGGAGGAGGCGGAUCAGUUGGAGUGUGAGCUGCGUAGGUUCAGUACAGAGGGCAUCCAUGUCCGCUGGCCCGUCCAGGCGGCCGCCCAGGAGUACAACCGCUGGUACAGUUGCUCCCUCAAACACAGCAAAGGCCUUUUCACCAUCACCAGUUUCCUAAGACAGCCAUCGGACCAACCUCCACCCGGACAGCAGGACUACCGCAGCUGGACAGCUAUUGCUGACAGAGAGGUCCUUGUCACUACAGUUGCCAUGGUGAUGAAAACACAGACUCCAUUAGUGAAAGCCACCUUGGGGUCCCAAAAAAGGCUCUACUGUCAGUUUGCCCUUGACCACAAGGGGCCAAACAUGACGCUGGAGUGGCACUGGCAGCACCGCGGAGAGAGGGUGAAACUCUUCGGCCAUAACAGCCGCUCAGGGCAGACCCAGGGGGCAGGUGUUGGAAUGAAGGCCCUGGCUAGCGGGGACGCCUCCUAUACCCUCUCCUUCACCAAGAUGAACAGCGAAGGGACCUACAUCUGCUCCUUGGCGGUGAAUCCGCUGUUCGCGAGUCUGGACAUAAAUCUGCACAUCGAAGAGCCCCCCCGUGUCUCCCUGAACGUGGGACCCACUCUCUCACUGCUGGAAGGAGAGGAGCAGAAAGUUGUUUGUGAGGCAGAGAACUACUUCCCUCUGGAUGUGGAGAUAGUUUGGCACGAGCAGGACCCUGCGGCAUCAGGCCAGAGGGUCGGCGCUCCGCUUCCCAAAGUGCUCCAGAAUGUUCUGCUGUCCAGUCACAAGCACAACCAGGACAGGACCUACUCUGUGGCGGCUUUCUUCUACCUCCAGGCCGCACUCAGGGACUCUGGGAGACAGUUUACAUGCAUCGUUUCCCAUCAGUCCCUGAGAGUGCCCAUCAAAAAGAGCUUCAUCCUGAGUGUUGAAGAGCCAGUCAGCUGGGUGUUCACCCUCAGUGUUGGCCUAAUUAUAGUCACACUGUUGGCCGUCCUGUGUGUGAUGCUACGCCAGCUGCACUCAGCAAGGAAUAAGUCAGUGCAGAAGAAACCAUACUGAGCAGCCUCGGUAGUCUGAGAUGAACUUACCAAGCACCAGUGAAGACGGACUCUCUCCUCUUCCUGCAUCAUUUUGUCUUAGAUGUUUGAGUUUUUUGCUUUGUUUUAUUCGGUGAAUGUGGGUUUCUGUGAAACACUGAUUUAAAUUUUACUUGAAUCAAUGGUUAAAACCUAAACGAUUUCUCUCCUUGAUGAAGAGUAAUCAAAGAAUGAAGCUGAUGAUAAUGCAACGCUGGCAUUUUGAAGGAAGAGCUGAGAAUCUGGCCACUGGGGUUGCCACGGAGAUGGCUUUUCCCAGCACCUGUACUCGCGUGACCUGAUCUGCAGGUGGCGCUGUUGAACAAGGUUGAAAGCAGAGCUCCAAUAAAAGCAGUGAAGAAGUGACUUUGUCCAUUUUUACGAGGAUGUAAAUAUAUUCAGCUCAUUUGUUUGGACUCACCGCCACUGAGGGCGUUUUGCGAGAUAGAAACUUUAACUUUAAUGAAACAGGAAGUAGCUCCUAUCAAUGAAAAACCUUCUGAGGUAGCAAUAAUCCUCAUACUCUAUGAAAUAACCACCGGGUCACAAAUUAAGAUCAACAUUUAAAUGCUUUUAAAUAAAUACUCUAUAUAAUAAUGAUUUGAGUUGUUGUCUUAAGUUGUUAAUAGAUCGUUUUUGUCAGCAUAUGAGUGAUAAUGGUUUUGAGAUAAGUCAACUGUGUGAACGUCUUUUCUUUCCUUUCUUUGGUGUCAAAUCUGAGUUCAUAUUUGAUGCACUGCUCAGUGUGCAUGAGUAAAUACGAGAGGAAAGUGAGCUUUCUUGAAAGGUUUUAAGUUGAAAUCCAUUUUCAUGUGGCUGCUAAUCCACUUCUCUGUCUUUUUUGCAUCCUAAAGGAUAAAAGGAGCAAGGUUGGAGCGACUGCUGCUAUUGUUUGCCAUCACAUUUUGACACAUUUACUUCAUAUUUCGAUACUGGCUUCUCCUGAUUCUAAGCUGUAGAAGUGAAUCCAAAAGUGACCCCGUUUGCAGAGAAUAGUUUCUUUCCUGUUUUUGUUUUAAUAUUUUUUUGUGUGUCAAAAGCUACAAGAGGAGAGAUUAAAAAGUAUUUUCUUUUAACAUAGGGCUGCGAUAUUUAAAUGAGGAUCAGCCCUUGUGUGUAAGCAUAUAAAUGACUAAUUAUGUGAUAACAUGCCCUCAGUUGCUUAAUAAAUGGUUAACAUGC